AGGUCCGAGAGUUUGAAUAGGGGCAAAUUUGGAGCAUGCAUAAUUCGACUCGGAGUAAAGGUGGACUGAAAAAAAAGUUUGACUAUUAUUCGGAGCAAAAUCGAAGUAUGUAUAAUUUGAGCUAAGUCCAACCCGUUACCGUCCCUAGACCCUAAUAUGAUCAAAUACCAAACCGGAUAUUUUUUUUCUUGGAUUUAAAUCAAAUUAAUUUGCUCGGGCCUGGUCGGAUCAGGGGCUGAGACUCGUCGGUUAUUAUUGAAUAUCGACUCUCCAAGCCAGAAAUUCGCAAAACGGGAAGAAAAGGAAGUUGAGCGUAGAACUCAAGAGGAGAGAGAAGCAACAACAAUGGCGGCAGCAGAUGUAGAAGCGGUUGAUUUCGAACCAGAAGAAGACGAUCUUAUGGAUGAAGAUGGCGUAGUUGCUGAAGCCGAUGGUGGUUCUCCUAGUGCUCUUCAUCCCAAACUCAAAUCCGCUAUUACUGGCGCUGGAAGUGGUUCAGCUGCCGGCUUUGCGGCUAAGAAAACCAAAGGUCGUGGAUUUCGUGAAGAAGACGCCGAUCGAAAUUCCCGUUUGACGUCUCGCGACUUUGAUUCCCUUGACUCUGAGGGCGGACCUGGCCCUGCUCGCUCAAUCGAAGGUUGGAUUAUACUGGUCACAGGAGUUCAUGAAGAGGCUCAAGAAGAAGAUCUCCAUAAUGUCUUUGGAGAGUUCGGCCAGCUUAAAAACCUCCAUUUGAACUUGGAUCGUCGUACUGGAUUUGUCAAGGGUUAUGCACUGAUUGAGUAUGAGAAGUUUGAAGAAGCAGAAGCUGCAAUAAAAGAGAUGAAUGGUGCUAAAUUGCUUGAGCAGUUGAUAAAUGUUGACUGGGCUUUCUGCAAUGGGCCUUGCAACAGGAGAAAGGGAAAUCGGAGAAGAUCCCCACGUGGCAACCGAUCAAGGAGUCCAAGACGAAGAUUUUAAACAGCUAUCUGCUUCUGGAGUUUGUGGAUACCUUCUGAUUUUCAGCUGAAAGCGUGUGAUGGAGCUACUUUCGUUUUGCCAAGAUAGUCAUGCAUAUAGCUGAUCUCUGAGUUUGUAAUUGUUAGGAACGAUUCAUCCUUUGUACAUGCUUUCGGAUCCCUCACUUUUGGAAGAGCAUGGUCCGAAGAACAAUUUACCAUUCUCGCUGAGUGUACAUUACCUUUUAAUCCAUUAUGGAGCAUUAGGUUUAACCAUUUGACUGA